GAGCGCAGGCGCCCGGUGUGUUUACGCCCGCUCGUGUUCGCUUGCAGCAUUUAAGGCGAGCGGGAUACACAACGCUGCAUGUGCACGAAGUGGAUGUAGACUCGGGGGCGGGCGUGCGCGCAGCCAUGAAUGAGCGCGUGCACACGUUUGGGGAGUCUUCGAGGAAAGCUGAUCAUGGAGCCUCUCACACGCCGCAUGUGACUGCUCACCGUCCCGCGUUGUGUCACGCACUUCCCGGGAUGGAAUAACGUCGCGCUCGCCGCACGCACGCCGAGGUUGAUUUUUUUUUGUUUGUUUUUGUUUUUAUUAUAUUUUAUUUUGUAUUACGCGAAUGAUCAGCGGCCAACUCACAUCGGUCUCCAUGGUUUUCGAAAGAGAGAUGGACGGCAUCGCCAACAGCAUGCAGAAGAAGGCCGCGGAGCUGGAGCGGCUGGCCGAGGUGCUCGUCACCGGGGAGCAGCUCAGGUUGCGGCUCCACGAAGCAAAGGUUAUUAAGGAUCGACGUCAUCACUUGCGAACGUACCCAAACUGCUUCGUGGGCAAAGAGCUCAUUGAUUGGCUGAUUGAGCACAAAGAGGCUUCCGAGCGAGAGACGGCCAUCAAGAUCAUGCAGAAGCUUCUGGACCAGAGCAUCAUCCACCACGUGUGCGACGAGCACCGGGAGUUCAAAGACAUGAAGCUGUUGUACCGCUUCCGUAAGGACGACGGUACCUUCCCACUGGACAACGAAGCCAAGGUCUUCAUGAGGGGACAGAGGAUCUAUGAGAAGUUGAUGAACACCGAGAACAGCAUAAUACAGAGCCGGGAAGAGGAAGGCGGGAACUUUGAGCGGACGGUGGUGGCCUCCGAGUUCAUUGAUUGGCUCCUCCAGGAAGGGGAGAUGGCGACCCGGGAGGAGGCGGAGCAACUGGGGCGCCGCCUCCUCGAACACGGCAUCAUCCAGCACGUCACAAACAAACAUCACUUUGUGGACGGGCCCCUCCUCUUCCAGUUCAGGAUGAACUUUCGGCGAAGGCGGCGGUUAAUGGAGCUGCUCCACGAGCGGGGUCGCGGCAUCCCCGAGAGCCACGACAGCCCCUUCUGUCUCCGCAAGCAGAACUCGGACGGGGGCAACACCAGCUUCCUCUCAGUGAGUCCCACCAAAGAGAUAAAGAUGGCGGUCGGCGUCCGCCGCAGCAGCAUGAGCAGCAGCUGCGGCAGCAGCGGUUACUACAGCAGCAGUCCCACGCUCAGCAGCAGCCCGCCGGUCCUGUGCAACCCCAAAUCUGUUCUGAAGAGACACGUGAGUCCAGAGGAGCUCCAGACUCCAGGAGGACCUUUCCUAAAGAAGACAUUCACUAUCGUGGGCGACGCUGUGGGCUGGGGCUUCGUGGUGCGAGGUAGCAAACCCUGUCACAUCCAGGCGGUGGACCCCGGGGGACCUGCAGCCGCUGCUGGCAUGAAGGUUUGCCAGUUUGUGGUGUCAGUAAACGGACUGAACGUCCUCGCUCAGGACUACAGAACGGUCAGCAACCUGAUCCUUACCGGACCCAGGACAAUUGUCAUGGAAGUCAUGGCGGAGAUGUGAUCGAUGACUCUUUGAGCCCAAUCGGAGAUGUGCAGCAGGAACAUCUGCCGGAGGUGCAGUGAAAACCAGGCGGAUGGAGAAACAGGAUGAACGCUACGCCUGCUGUCUUCUUCCUGUUGCUUGCAUCUCCAAGCACGCGCACGAAAGUGAGAAACGGUGCAGCCUUCGGGGUUUCUUCUGCUCUACUUUUCAAACGCGUACAUGCAUGCGGAGGAAGGACAAUCCCAAAUUUCAAGGUGACAAUUUGGAAAUGAAUGAGUGCCAAGUAGUAUCUACAAGACAUCAAUUACCGCAUCCAGAGACCUUUGCCCUAGUUUGUUUCUAAUUAGUCAGAGGGCCCAAUGCUGCCCCCUGAAUAAUAUGAACUGACAUUUUUAGAUGAAACCUAUAUAAAAAUAGGUAAAGUAAAUAUCUGAAGUUGAGUCAAAGACACUAUGCCUUUACUCAAAGCGAGGGUUGAUAACAUUUAUUCAGGCUGAUGUCGGAUCAGUACCACAACAAUAAAGGGAGAGAGAUUCCUGAGGCGACAACUAAAAUCAGUUUGUAGAGAGAUGCGGCAUGAAAGGCACUAAAUAUCCCUAAUGGAUACUGUUAGCUAAGAAAUCGUUUUUAGAAGCACACUGGGUAAUAAUACCUUUUUCAAAAAUGGAAAAUAUCUUUAUGGCCUUAUAGUAGCAGUUUGUGAACGCAACAUGCCAUCAAAAUUGUGACAAUCAUGGCGCACAUCAAACAAUAAAUGUAGAGAUUAAGUUGAAUUUUGAAAUGUUAUAAUCGUAGAUCAAGGUAAUACAAAUUAUGCAAGACGCAAAUGAAUUAGCAGCUCAAACAUUCAUUCAUUCAUUCAUCUUCCAAUUUCAUGUCAUUUGCUUCUUUAAAAUCGCUCAUUUUAAAUGUUAGGUGGAGAAAUAGCUGCGGCAGUUUAUUCUUGGAGGUCAUCGGGUGGAUUUUUAACGAUUUAUCCUGACCGUCUUUCAUGACCCUGCUCAGUGGAGGUUAGUCAGGAUAAAUGCACAACUGAGUGUCUCGGCAAUUAAAGAGAAUUACUAUUUGAGCACUUAAAACUCCCCCCUCCCCCCCAUGAAGCACUUAUGAGACCCAUGCUUUUUGUUACACUAUUGCUGCAACAUUUAUACGUUCACAAUGCAGUACGAUGGCCGUAAAAAUAUAUUCGCCGCCUUUAAAUUCUACAAAAAACAAAGCCAAACAUUGUAACAUGGCAAUUGAGCCAUUGUAUCUAGAGACUAAUACAUACUGUAUAUUCUUAUAUAAAACUAGAUGUAACCAGUAUAAAGGAAUUAAUUCAAUAUGAUUUUGCUGGUGGCGUAUGUCAUGUAUAAAGAUAAACUCCCAUUAUGUUUUCCUGUGCAGACAUACAGUAGCAACACACACACACACACACACACCGUCCACAACGUUAGAUAUUAACUCAGAUAACGCACCCAACCGUUUUCAUAUUACUGCAUCAAAUAUGAGAAAAAACUUCAAUGCAGUUUUACACUAUACUGCAGACUACAACCACAGUAAUAAGCAUAUUGUUAAAUUUGCAAUUGAAAAGCUUUUUGAAUCUCGUGUAGUGAAGUGAUAAUAAUAAUUAAUCGGAAGCGAGCGAUACACUUUGCCAGCCUUGCCGGGAUAUAUUGUAGUAUCAACUGUCGUAUCACAUUAUCAUUACCUCUCUGACCGUGUCAAAAAAAAAAAAAAAAAGUGAGUGAACGUUCAACCCUACAGGGUUACAUCAAAUAUAAUACGUCAAAUAUGUCGAGUCAAGCUACUGGACGAGACGAGAGGCCACUAAAUGUUUGUUGUGAGCGGUGACCUUUGUGUGACCUUCUUGUGCGGCCUCAUUGGUGCCAUCUCCACUCCUAAGGCAAUUGCAGAAAAAUCGAAGAACUGCUGUCAGCAAUUGCGUCAUUAUUUCUUAACCAAAGACAACUGCUGUUCAUCCCCAAUUUUAUUUUAUUUUAUUUAUGUAUUUUUUUAAUAAAGUUUUAUCAGGCUAUAUUAAGGAGUCUAAAUACAAUGACGUUUUUUUCAAUUGAGCUAUCAUUUGGGUCCUUUGUUUAUUUUUCUGCUUAUUAUUAUUGAAUUUUUUUUCUGGAAUGGAAAUGCACAUGAUUCAAAUUAGCAUAUGUCCAACAAGGCUAUCACCGUCGUCAUUUAUUGAUGCUGAAUGGACAAUGGACUCAUUUGCCUUAAUUGCUUCGUGCGACUCCUCACGUUGCCGUGUUGCGUACAAAAGGUCACCUGGCUGCGAUGUGCUUCAUUUGAAAGGACAAUCAGGGUUUUACACACACACACUGCAAUAGUGGCUACACAUGCAGGGCUGAUGGGCGAAUGAAUGUAUUUCUCCUACAACAAACUGUUGACAUAAUCGUAUUUCAUCCAUAAAAGGGACUGUGAUAUGUUCAGCAGUUACUUUCUGCUUGUUAGCUACAGCUAAUACAAAUAUUUGACUGUGUCAGAUGUUGAUUAAGUGUUAAAUAAACGCAUUCUGUU